UUUUCCUUCCGACAGAAAAAGUUUUUCCUUCCAACAGGAAAAGUUUUUCCUUCCAACAGGAAAAGUUCUUCCUUCCGACAGGACACAAACGAAUGUCCCACGUCCCACCAACCCAGUCCAUUCCCAAACCAGAGGAACCUAA